AUGGCUCAGGAAGGGGAUCUUAAUGUGGAUAAUCUUAUAACGCGCCUCCUAGAGGUGCGAGGUUGUCGUCCUGGGAAAACCGUCACCAUGACAGAAACUGAAAUUCGCGCUCUUUGUCAUAAAUCGCGAGAAAUUUUCCUUUCACAGCCAAUUCUCUUGGAGUUAGAAGCACCACUGAAGAUUUGCGGUGACAUUCAUGGGCAAUACAACGAUUUGCUCCGCUUGUUUGAGUACGGCGGGUUCCCUCCCGAGGCAAACUAUUUAUUCUUGGGAGAUUAUGUAGAUAGAGGAAAGCAGAGUUUAGAAACAAUUUGUCUGCUUCUUGCUUACAAAGUAAAAUAUCCAGAAAACUUUUUCCUUUUACGUGGAAAUCAUGAAUGUGCAUCAAUUAACAGAAUCUAUGGAUUUUAUGACGAAUGCAAGAGACGUUUCUCUAUCAAGCUUUGGAAAACUUUUACCGACUGCUUUAAUUGUCUACCCAUCGCUGCUCUUAUUGAUGAGAAAAUUUUCUGUUGUCACGGAGGUUUAUCUCCUGAUUUGCAAAACAUGGAACAAAUUAGAAGAGUAAUGAGACCAACAGAUGUUCCAGACACGGGUUUGCUCUGUGAUCUAUUGUGGUCAGACCCUGAUAAGGAUGUAUCUGGAUGGGGAGAAAAUGAUCGCGGAGUGUCGUUCACAUUCGGUCCCGACGUUGUAGCGAAGUUCUUAAACAGGCACGAUCUUGAUUUGAUAUGUCGUGCUCAUCAGGUAGUGGAAGAUGGAUAUGAGUUCUUUGCUAAAAGACAGUUAGUAACUUUAUUCUCAGCUCCAAAUUAUUGUGGAGAAUUCGAUAAUGCUGGAGGAAUGAUGAGCGUAGAUGAAACUUUGAUGUGCUCUUUCCAAAUCUUAAAACCAUCAGAAAAGAAAGCCAAAUACCAAUAUGCCGGAUUGAACAGUGGACGUCCUAGUGCUGCCAAUACUCGUGGCAUUGGGGCUAAGAACUGA